GCGUGGUUGUUCAAAAUGUCAUUUGGCAGUGUGGAUGGAGACAUUUGCAUAGAAUGGCUUUGUUUGUAAAUAAUAAUAGUAGAAAUGUGCAGAUUCAUUGUCGAGAAAGACUGUUGAUCGUUUCAUGUGUAGUCUAUUUUGACUGACGAACUGACAGUCGUUGUCAAUCGCAAAGUUGUUGCUCUUGUCAUCUGGUCUGCCUGACAGUCUGAGUCAGUUUUUUUAUAUAUUACUGUUUUGUAAAUUAAUACUGAAGAUGUUGGUGCCUAUCUUCACCUUAAAACUCAAUCACAAGAUUAACCCUCGCAUGGUUUCACUGGGGAAGUAUGAUGGGGUACAUCCAGCAUUGACAUGUGCUACAGCUGCUGGAAAGGUUUUUAUCCACAACCCUCACAACCGUGGCAUUGUUGGAGGUCGUGUAGCAUCAGGUGAUGACACUAGUGACAUCAGCCUGCUCAGUAUUAAUCAGCAGGUGUCUGCAGUGUCGGCAGGCCAGCUCAACCCUAACAUCCCCAAUGAUAUCCUGGUGGUGGGCACAAGUACUAACCUGCUGGCCUAUGAUGUCAACAACAACAGGGACCUCUUCUACAAGGAAACUCCAGAUGGAUCCAAUGCCAUUGUGAUGGGACAACUGGGAGGUCUGGAACUGCCACUGGCUGUUGUGGGAGGGAACUGCUCCUUACAGGGGUUUGAUUAUGAGGGAAAUGACAGCUUCUGGACUGUAACUGGAGAUAAUGUGUGCUCAUUGUCGAUGAUUGAUUUCACAUGUGAUGGACAACAAGAGCUGAUUGUAGGUUCAGAGGAUUAUGAUAUACGUGUUUUCCGGGAGGAUGAGAUUAUAGCUGAAAUGACAGAAACAGAGGCUAUAACAUCUCUGUGUCCAAUGCUGGGAACAAAGUUUGGCUAUUCUCUGGCGAAUGGUACUGUUGGAGUGUAUGACAAGACGGCCAGGUACUGGAGAAUAAAGUCAAAGAACCAGGCGGUGAUCAUCCAUGGGUUUGACCUGGACUCUGAUGGUGUGCCUGAGCUCAUCACAGGCUGGAGUAAUGGCAAGGUUGACGCUCGUAGUGACCGUACAGGAGAGGUUGUCUUCAAGGACAAUUUUCCACAUGCCAUUGCAGGCAUUGUUCAGGGUGAUUACCGAAUGGACGGACAGGAUCAACUGAUUUGUUGUUCUGUGGAGGGAGAAGUUCGUGGUUACAAUGCUGCCAGUCCUGACCUGAAAGGAAAUCUGAUGGAUUCAAAUCUGGAGCAGGAUACGGUGAGAGAGCUCAGCCAGAGGAAGCAGAUGUUGAUUCUGGAAUUGAAAAACUACGAGGAAAACACCAAAGUUGCCCUCAGCUCUGGUGUGUCUGGGGCAUCUAUAAGCCCAGGUGUCUUGAAGUCCGACUCCUCAGCUGCUGGCCCUGGGAGUGUGGGGAAGAGCAUGACCUCACUCACCAGUUUGGAGAAGGGGACAGGUUCAAACAGCGGAAUGGGAGUCAUUCCAGCAAAUACUCAACUACAGACAAGUCUUAGUGUCAAUGCUGGGGGAGAGAAGGAACAGCCCCAUGUUGAACUCACAAUAUCCACAUCAAAUGACACAAUCAUACGAGCUGUCCUCAUCUUUGCUGAGGGUAUCUUUGAAGGGGAAAGCCAUGUUAUUCAUCCUAACAUUAACUAUGUGAGCAACAAUCUUAAAGUAGCCAUAUUUCCUCCUAAAGACAUCACUGUAGAUCUGCACAUCAAAGCCUUUGUGGGAUAUAAAUCCAGUUUACAGUUCCAUGUGUUUGAGCUUACCCGUCAGUUACCUCGGUUCUCUAUGUAUGCCCUCACUGAACCUGUGAGCCCAGAGCCCAGCAGCAGUGUAGUGUUUCAGGUUCAUGACAGAGUGCAGCGGCUGGUUUUGUGGAUCAAUCAGAUGUUUCUGUUACAAGAGGACCUGGUGUGUGAAGGAUCUCUCUGUGUGACCUUCAUGUCACUGAGGGGAACUGGGCCCCUGGUCAUCAAGAUGGAACCUUCAGGGCAGGUGACGAUUCGUACUGAUGACAUGGACUUGGCAGGGGACAUAAUCCAGGCUCUGGCCGUCUUCCUGAACGUGGAGGAUCUGCAGGUGACAGCUGACUUCCCCAAAGAGAUGGAAGCUCUCAGGCAGAUCCUGAUCAGGGUGGAUGAGUUCCACAGUGUCCGUCAGAAACUGACCGCAGAGAUGGCUGACCACUCAAACCUUAUCCGCAGCAUGGUUGUCAGGGCAGAAGACUCCAGACUGAUGGGGGACAUGCGUAACAUGCGUAAGGCAUACAUGGAGCUGUAUGACCUGAAUCGUGACCUGAUCAAUGGCUACACAAUCCGCUCCAACAACCACCAGGAGCUACUCACUUGUCUCAAACAAGUCAACCAGAUUAUCCAGAAGGCCGGCAGACUCAGGGUGGGAAAAUACAAGACUCAAGUUGUAGCUGCUUGUAGGUCUGCCAUAAAGUCCAACAACAUCAACUCAUUGUUCAAAAUCAUCAAAAGUGGAUCUAUGUAGAGAAGAAGGCUAGUCUCUGGUACCAUUGACUUAUGUAACUGAGAAAAGAACAUUAAGAAGACAUUUUCAUGGCUAACGUAUUUGCUAACCAGAUCAGCCAUGCUUUCAUUGUAUCUGUAAGUGAACUUAAGCACUUUGUAAACAGAUUAGAAUUUCUGAGAUCAAGUUUCAAUUUGAAGCACAAAAUAUAACUGUUAUACAUAUGUAUAUACUGUAGGGGGGAUACUAAAAUGAUGAGAAUCUGUUUACGUAUAGUUUCAUUUAAUGUCAUCGAUGGGCUGAAUGUCAAGACUGUCUAACUUCAGCCACUAAUGCUUAACCAGUGAGGUUGUCCAUUUGAAAUUAACUCAUAAACGAUACACCAUGGCUCUACAUGCAUAUAUCAAGAGCAUCUGUCAGGUAUUAAGGCUCUGUCCAGUUUCCUCCAGCCACAAAUGUGACUGUAAAUGUCACCCUAGAAGUGAAACAUGAUGUAAAACACCAAUUACAUAGUAAUUAAUAAUAAUAAUUUACUGUGUUUUAUUCAAGCCACGUUAUUUUGGUUAUGGCAUAUAGAGAAAAACCAGUUUGUUUUCCACUGUUAAAAACCUCAAUCACUCACUCACUCAAUCCACUGUUAAGAGGAUAUGGUAAGUCCCAUUUCCAAGAGAAACUAGACUCAAUUUUUACAUUACAGGUACCUUAAUACAGAACAGAAAUGACGCCAUAGUUCAAAAAGAUUUUUGAUGUACAACACCAUUUAAUAGGUGUAAUGAAACUUUGAAACUUUUCAUCAGUUUCUAUUUAGUUUGCCUGAUGUGACAUGAAUAUCCCUGUGAUGUUAAAUGAGACAGACAGUACAGUAGCUGACACAAAUUUGCUGGAUCCUCCAAUACAUAGAUAUUGAUAUUCCUCAUAUGUGUUCUGUAUAAUUCGGGCAAGCAGUCCAGGUUAUCUUAGUCCAUAUUAUUUUACCGUCCUUUGUAAACACAAAGGCAUUGAAACUGGAGUUGUUCUUUAAUAUACAGGUCUGUCUGUUAGUGUAUUGAACAUAUUUUUUUACUUUGGGAAAACCUCCACAAUGAGAUUCAAAAAGCAUGAAAAGUCAUGAUAUUUCAUGUGUAUUUUGUGGAAAACAGACCUGACUUUUGUGAAAACUUGAGUUAGAUUAGGUGUUUGUCUAAGUAACAAGGCCACGCAAGGUACAUAUGUUAUCAGGGGCCUCUGUGGCUGAGUCAUUACAGAGCUACAGUACUUUAAGGGCCUCUCCAAUGCAGUUGCUGUGAGUUCAACUCAGGCUGGCUUCCUUUCUGGUCGUGGGAAGAUCUUCCAGCAAUCUGUGGAUGGUAGUGGGUUUUCUCUGUGCUCUGCCCAGUUUCCUCUCAACAUAAUGUUGCCAUCAUACAAACAACAUAUUUUUCAAUACAGAUCAAAACGCUGAUCAGAUACAUAAAUAAAUAUAUAUAUUUUCAGCAAAUUCUUCUAUGUAUUAAGUGAAGUUUACGUGCUGAAAUAUAAUUGGAUCACUUACCUUUGACAUUAUUCAAUGUUUUAGUUCUCUUGGCACUCCUUGCUUGUACAGCUUGUAUCCGUCCAUUGCCCAAUUUUCAUUUUGUUUUUGGAUGUAAAAAAAAAUUGUCUGUGAUAUAAAGAUGUGUCAUAUUGUGAAAUUGUUGUGUUUUUGUUAUUAUUUAGCUGUUUAUUAUGUGAUGACUUAUUAAUUUCUCAUCAGGUAUAGCACACUAUGGUUUGCAUGCUUGCAAAACUAGUGCCAAAGACACUUCAGUCAAGUCUUGUAAUAAACGUAGUUCCUGUAAUAAACGU